ACCCCUCCGGCACAAGAGGCUUUACCCACUUCCUCACUUGCACUUAACGUCUGUCUCCUCGGUGCUCUUAAACUCUAGAUCCAACUUAACGUCCCCACACACUACACCCCCAAACUGAAUCUUCACACUCACUCGCCUAAAUAAAUAUUACUUGCUCACUCUCCGGCGCUAACAGCCUUAUUUAAUCUCUGCGAUUCUCAUUUUUCAAGUCCUCAAUGGAGGACGCAUACGCUAGAUCCGCAACCGAGGUUUUAGAAUAUUUCGGUGUGGAUCCAUCUAAAGGUUUGACAGAUCGCCAGGUUGCUGAACAUGCUAGAAUUUAUGGCCGAAAUGUCUUGCCUCAAGAGGGAAGUACUCCUUUCUGGAAACUAGUGCUGAAGCAGUUUGACGAUUUGCUGGUCAAAAUAUUGAUAGCAGCUGCUAUCGUUUCUUUCUUUUUGGCACUGAUUAAUGGAGAGAGAGGCUUAACAGCAUUUCUAGAGCCCUCGGUCAUCCUCAUGAUAUUAGCUGCAAAUGCUGCUGUUGGAGUAAUCACAGAAACAAAUGCUGAAAAGGCACUGGAGGAAUUACGUGCCUACCAAGCUGAUGUUGCAACUGUUCUACGGAAUGGUUGCUUCUCGAUCUUACCUGCCACCGAUCUUGUACCAGGGGAUAUUGUGGAAGUUAGUGUUGGUUGCCAAAUUCCAGCAGAUAUGAGAAUGGUUGAGAUGCUGAGUGAUCAUUUACGUGUUGAUCAAGCAAUCCUCACAGGUGAGAGCUGUUCUGUGGAAAAAGAGCUUGAUUCCACUUUGACAAACAAUGCUGUAUAUCAAGACAAGACGAAUACCCUAUUCUCGGGAACAGUUGUGGUUGCAGGACGCGCAAGGGCCGUUGUUGUUGGAAUUGGCUCUAGCACAGCAAUGGGAAGCAUACGUGAUUCUAUGCUUAAAACUGAAGAUGAAGCGACACCACUAAAAAGGAAGCUGGAUGAAUUUGGAACGUUUCUGGCGAAGGUUAUUGCAGGUAUUUGUAUAUUGGUGUGGAUUGUGAACAUUGGUCACUUUCGAGAUCCUGCUCAUGGAGGCAUCUUGCAAGGAGCUAUACAUUACUUUAAGAUUGCAGUUGCUCUUGCGGUUGCAGCCAUUCCUGAGGGGCUUCCUGCUGUUGUUACAACGUGUUUGGCUCUGGGAACAAAGAGAAUGGCCCGACUGAACGCUAUAGUGAGGUCUUUGCCGUCUGUAGAGACGUUGGGCUGCACAACAGUGAUUUGCACUGACAAAACUGGUACAUUGACGACAAACAUGAUGUCUGUUUCAAAGAUAUGUGUGCUUCAAUCUAUAAAUCAUGGCCCUGUAGCUGCUGAGUACAAUGUCAGUGGAACGACUUAUGCACCAGAAGGCUUUAUUUUUGAUAGCUCAACAAUGCAGCUUGAAUUUCCAGCUCAGCUCCCUUGUCUUCUUCACAUAGCAAUGUGUUCAGCUCUUUGCAAUGAGUCAACUAUACAAUACAAUCCUGAUAAAAGGAUGUACGAAAAGAUUGGUGAAUCAACUGAAGUAGCACUCCGUAUAUUGGCAGAAAAGGUUGGUCUUCCUGGUUUUGAUUCUAUGCCUUCUGCACUGAAUAUGCUGAGCAAACAUGAAAGAGCAUCUUACUGUAAUCGUUAUUGGGAGAACGAAUUUAAAAAGAUUUCUGUUUUGGAGUUCUCUCGUGAUCGUAAAAUGAUGAGUGUCCUUUGUAAUCGAAAGCAAAUGGAAAUUAUGUUCUCGAAGGGGGCACCAGAGAGUAUAAUUUCUAGGUGUUCAAGUAUCCUCUGCAAUGAUAAUGGUUCCACUAUACCUUUAACUGCAAGCAUUAGAGCUGAGCUGGAAUCAAGAUUUCACAGUUUUGCAGGAAAAGAAGCAUUAAGAUGUCUGGCUUUAGCAUUGAAGAGAAUACCAAUAGGCCAACAGGCUAUAUCUUUUAAUGAUGAGCAAGACCUGACCUUUAUUGGGCUGGUUGGAAUGCUCGAUCCUCCAAGAGAGGAGGUAAACAAGGCAAUACUGUCGUGCAUGACUGCUGGCAUACGUCUUAUAGUUGUGACCGGCGAUAAUAAGGUCACUGCUGAAGCACUGUGCCGCAAGAUAGGGGCUUUUAGUCACUUGGCAGAUUUUUCAGGACAGUCUUAUACUGCUUCUGAAUUUGAAGAACUUCCAGCUUUGCAGAAGUCAAUAGCAUUGCAACGCAUGACACUUUUUACAAGGGUUGAACCAGCCCACAAGAGGAUGCUGGUUGAAGCAUUACAACACCAAAAUGAAGUGGUCGCCAUGACUGGCGAUGGGGUAAACGAUGCCCCUGCGCUAAAAAAAGCAGACAUAGGGAUUGCCAUGGGAUCUGGAACAGCAGUUGCCAAGAGUGCUUCUGAUAUGGUUUUGGCUGAUGACAAUUUUGCUUCCAUUGUUGCCGCUGUUGCAGAGGGAAGGGCCAUAUACAAUAACACAAAGCAGUUCAUUAGAUAUAUGAUAUCUUCAAACAUUGGCGAAGUAGUUUGUAUAUUUGUGGCAGCUGUACUUGGGAUACCUGAUACACUUGUGCCAGUCCAGCUUUUAUGGGUAAAUUUAGUCACUGACGGAUUGCCUGCCACUGCUAUUGGUUUUAAUAAGCAAGAUUCAGAUGUGAUGAAAGUCAAGCCUCGCAAGGUUAAUGAAGCUGUGGUCACUGGGUGGCUCUUUUUUCGCUAUCUAGUCAUUGGAGCUUAUGUUGGACUUGCUACUGUUAUGGGGUUCAUAUGGUGGUUUCUCUACUCGGAUAGUGGGCCAAAGCUUCCAUAUAGUGAGUUGAUAAAUUUUGACAGUUGUUCAACUAGGGAAACGUUGUAUCCUUGCAGCAUAUUCGAUGAUCGGCACCCGUCAACUGUGUCAAUGACGGUGUUGGUUGUUGUUGAGAUGUUUAAUGCAUUAAACAAUUUAAGUGAAAAUCAAUCUCUUUGUGUUAUCCCUCCUUGGACUAAUAUGUGGCUUGUUGGUUCGAUCGUUCUCACUAUGCUCCUGCACAUGCUAAUUUUAUAUGUAGAACCACUAUCUAUCCUUUUCUCAGUGACACCCUUAACUUGGGCUGAGUGGACUGUUGUGUUGUAUCUUUCAUUUCCCGUAAUCAUUAUUGAUGAAAUAUUAAAGUUCUUCUCGAGAAAUAGCGGAUGGAGGUUCAACAUUAGAUUCAGGCGAGGUGAUUUACUCCCCAAAGAGGCACGAGAUAAAUGAAUCGGGAGCCAUGCGAACAAAAUUUUCAGAUGGAGCCUUUGCAUUUCCAGAUAUUAGAUUAGAUUAUGAGAAUGAUAGUUUGACUUCUCUUCAACUCCAUAUGCAAUCAAAGAGAGGCCUAGCAAAUGCUUCACUGAGAAGAAAUACUAAAAGAUGAAGGCCCUGUCAGUCUCAGAAUUUUACAGAAGUUUGUCCAUUACACAAUAGAAAUUCUAACCAUUAAAGCUGCAGCAAUAGCCAAUAGGUUCUAUUUCUUUUUGCCCAUAUAUAGAAAUUAAUUCUGGCGAUGUAUAUUUGGAUGUUUUACCGCUAGUAACUUUGUAACAAAAGAAAGUCUUUAUCCACAUAAGUUAAAGAAAGAGAUUGUAGCUUAGAGCAACAAAAAGAAAAGAAACAGAUUGUUUGUACACCAGCCUUGAUACCUUUUGAAAUUAUUGCAGAAUCAGAUUUGUUCGUUAA